CGGGGUGCCGCGGACCCUCGAAUACACACGCGGGAAGAGUCUGCUUUUAAUUGUGUCUGAAUUCGUGACACUUUGGCAAAUUGUCGCUUGUCCAAUCACAGGGGGGGUCACUAAUAUGCAAAUACGGCGUUAUCAGAGUCACGUCAGCARCGGCAGCAGAGCCGCUGUGCCGCGGUCGCCAGCAGGAGUACAACUAAACAACACAGCUACAACUUCGUCGAUAACAUCCCGUUUAUAUCGACGCCCGGAGUUGGGCUUUAUGGUUAGUUUGAGGUAUGUACUAUAAUGGACAUGCUGUGAUUCUGUAGACUGGCUCAUCUGCACCAUCUUGAAGUUGGUGGUGUUUCCAAAGUUCCUGUCACCUUUUGACAUCUGCCAUGGACUUCUUUGAUGACCCCAACCUCUUUGUUGGAGGUUUGGAAGGGCUGGAGGAGGAUGGCUUCUCUUCAGCACCAUCCCUUGUGGAUGAGCUAAAUCUCAGUGCUGACUUUGAACCUGUCCAGGUGGCCUCACUUGGCACAAGAAAGCAUCACGACUUGAUGUCACCAGCCUCGUCCCAACAAGGCUUACCCAGUUACAAUCAGCCGAUGACCCAAUACAUUGGCACAAAGGCACAGAAUUCUGUGGGGCAAGCAUUUUCUGGUUCUCGUAGCACAGGGUGUAACAUGAUUGCAGAGCAGCAUGGCCAGUACCAUAAUGCCACCAUUAGCCAAAUACCUCAAUCCAAUGGGUUGUUCUGCAACAAUGGAAGUCCAGUGUGGAGCAGCCAUGACCAAAAUGGAAAUGUGUUCCACCCUUUGUCUCAACAGCAGCAACAGGUUUGCCAUCAGCAACUGCACAACCAACAACUUCAUGUCAGGCAACAUCCUCCACACCAUGUUGGUCAUCAUCAGCCGGAGGAGCAGCAGCACAGAAUGCGGCUGCAACAGCUGCAGCAACGGCACAAUCAUCCACAACAGCUGUUAAACCAGCACCAACAAAUUGGCACACAGAAUAUCUCCCUGCUGCAACAGCAACAUCACAAUUUCUCCUUUCACCAAGGAGGUCAAGCCAGCAACCAUCAGCAAUUGCUCCAUUCUCAACAGCAGGUUCAGCAUCGACUACCUGCAAGAGAACCACAGUUUCAUUCCAGGUCUCUUCCAAAUAAGUCAUGUUUGGAAAGUCAGAAUGCAUCUCAGAGUGGGACCUGCUUGCAGCAACAGGGUAGCUACCAGUUGCCCAGAAGAGGUCAAGCCUUCUCUGGGUCAGGACUGGAAGACUCUCACAUGUCAUUUCCCAUUCAUUCAUCAUCUGUAGUUCACUCACUGACAACAUGUUCUGCUAAUGCUUACCAACCGACUGAGUACCCUACCUACCCUGGAGAACCAGAAAUACCCAGUCUCAGUCAGCAGUCUUUAUCCUCAGCCUCAACAUGCAGACCCAUCGUCUCUGCACCUCAUACAUCUACAGUUCCUGGGCUAUCAGAAGCAACAUGUCAUUUCCAAUCUACAGGACUCAUGAGCCAGCUUCACUCUAGAACAACAUCUGACCAGGCAGACGAGUGUCCCUUCAGAGCACUACGUUGUCCCGGAGAAACCCAGGGAAAGUCGUCUGAGAUGUUUGGUGAAUCAGUGAGUUAUCCCAGCAUUGCUAGCCAGCUGCCCACUGAGCAGCCUCUGAGCUGUAGAACCAUCAACACUAAUGGAUACCAAGCUUUUGGGGACGAUUUUCUUCAAUCGGAGGCCCAGGAUGGAGAUUUUGAAGAGCUGGAACCACCUGACCUUUUGCCUGACCUGCUUCCCCAGCUGGAGAAUGAUUUUAGGGAACAGAACAAGUCCAGCUUUUCAUGGAUUGAAUCUAGCCAGAAGAAUGGCCAUGAAGACAGAAAACCAACAUCUUUUGAAAGCAAUGAAGAGAAGCCUCGAAAGAACAGCAAUGGUCCUGGUAGCCAGGUACGAGUCCUCAGUCCCACGCUGAAGAGUUCUUCAUCCUCCUCCUCUUCAUCAUCAUCUUCGUCCUCACCCAGCUCCUCAUCGGAGAAGAGGACAAAACGAAGGAAGCAUCAUCAGAUGGAGUCACCUCUGCAGGACAAGCAGGAAAAGGCAAAUAGGAUAAUAUCAGAAGCUAUUGCUAAGGCCCGACAGAGAGGAGAGAAGAACAUUCCGCGGGUCAUGAGUCCAGAGUGCUUCCCCAGCUCUUCUGCUCAGUUCAAGGCCCAUCGGGAUUAUGAACAUAAAGGAAAUCGCAAGGCCAGGUCCAAAGACAAGGCCUGUAGGAAGGCCUGCAUUGUACCCUCCUCAAAGUCCAAGCAAAAGUCCAAGAUUGGGAAAAUUGUGAUUAAGAUUGGGAAGAAGAAAAAACAAAAGCCAGGAUCUUCAGAGGARGAGUCUGAUGAUGAUCCUCCCCCUCGUCACUCAUCUAAGGAUGAUGAUUCGAAGAGACGGUCUAACCGUCAGGUGAAGAGAAAGAAGUAUGCUGAAGAGCUGGAGGCCAGGUUGUCAGAUGAGGAUGUUAAGGUUAUAGUCAAAGCAAAGAAAACCAACACUGGAGCAUCCAAGGAACCUGCUGUUCAGCUUUUUGUUGAGAAUCCUACUGAAGAAGAUGCGGCUGUUGUUGACAAAAUCAUGUCCUCUCGUGUUGUAAAGAAGGAGAUUUCUCCAGGAGUGGUGAUUGAAGUGGAAGAAUUUUUCGUAAAAUACAAAAACUAUUCCUACCUUCACUGCGAGUGGGCCACAGAGCAGCAGCUCGAGAAGGACAAGAGGAUUCAGCAGAAGAUCAAACGCUUCAAGAUGAAACAAGCACAGAGGGCGCUCUUCUUCACAGAUAUGGAAGAGGACCCUUUUAACCCUGACUAUGUAGAGGUAGACAGAGUGUUGGAGGUAUCAUAUUGUGAGGACAAAGACACAGGAGAGGAAGUGGUGUACUACCUGGUGAAGUGGUGCUCACUGCCGUACGAGGACAGCACCUGGGAGUUGAAGGACGACGUCGAUCAGAGCAAGAUUGAAGAGUUUGAGCAGCUGCAGGCAGUUAAGCCAGACUUGCGCAGAAUGGAACGGCCUCCAGCCAACCUGUGGAAGAAGAGGGAACAAUCAAGGGAAUACAGGAAUGGCAACACCCUCAGGGAUUACCAGCUUGAGGGGGUCAACUGGCUUCUUUUCAACUGGUACAACAGGCGCAACUGCAUCUUAGCUGAUGAGAUGGGCCUGGGAAAAACCAUUCAGUCCAUUACGUUCCUGGAAGAGAUGCAUCGAAUUGGYAUCAAAGGACCCUUCCUAAUAAUUGCCCCCCUGUCUACUAUUGCAAACUGGGAGCGCGAGUUUCACACCUGGACCCACCUCAACGUCAUUGUUUACCAUGGAAGCAUGAUCAGCAGGCAGAUGCUGCAGCAGUAUGAGAUGUAUUUCAGGGAUGCACAGGGUCGUGUGAUAAGAGGUGCAUACAAGUUCCAGGCAGUUAUCACCACAUUUGAGAUGAUCCUGGGAGGCUGUCCUGAGCUCAACGCCAUAGAGUGGCGCUGCGUAAUUAUUGACGAGGCCCAUCGUCUCAAGAACAAGAACUGCAAGUUGCUAGAGGGCUUUAAGCUCAUGAACCUGGAGCACAAGGUCCUGUUGACGGGCACCCCUCUCCAGAACACAGUUGAGGAGCUUUUCAGUCUCCUCCACUUCUUGGAACCAGCUCGCUUCCCUUCUGAAAAUACCUUCAUGCAGGAGUUUGGAGACCUCAAGACAGAGGAGCAGGUACAGAAACUUCAGGCUAUCCUGAAGCCCAUGAUGCUGCGCCGUUUGAAGGAGGAUGUGGAGAAGAAGCUUGCUCCUAAAGAGGAAACUAUUAUUGAAGUUGAGCUCACCAACAUCCAGAAGAAAUACUACCGGGCCAUCCUUGAGAAGAAUUUCUCUUUCUUGGCCAAAGGAGCUGGUCAGUCAAAUAUGCCCAACCUGGUCAACACCAUGAUGGAGUUAAGAAAGUGCUGUAACCACCCCUACCUCAUCAAAGGGGCAGAAGAGAAGAUCCUGGAGGACUUCAGGGAAGUAUACAGCCCUAUUGCUGCUGACUUCCACCUGCAGGCGAUGGUGCAAUCUGCUGGAAAGUUGGUCCUUAUUGAUAAACUGCUGCCGAAGAUGAAGGCAGGAGGACACAAGGUGCUCAUCUUCUCCCAAAUGGUGCGCUGCCUGGAUAUCUUGGAAGACUACCUCAUUCAGAAAAGGUACUUGUAUGAGCGUAUCGAUGGCCGGGUUCGUGGAAACCUGCGACAGGCUGCUAUAGACCGCUUCAGUAAGCCUGACUCGGACCGCUUCGUUUUCCUCCUGUGUACAAGAGCUGGUGGCCUGGGAAUCAACCUUACUGCUGCAGACACCUGCAUCAUCUUUGACUCUGACUGGAACCCACAGAACGACCUGCAGGCCCAGGCUCGCUGCCACCGCAUCGGUCAGAAUAAAGCAGUGAAGGUGUAUCGACUAAUCACCAGAAACUCAUACGAGCGUGAAAUGUUUGACCGCGCCAGCCUGAAGUUGGGCCUGGACAAAGCAGUGUUACAGAGCAUGAGUGGUCGAGAUAAUAGCCUGGGAGGAGGCACCGGGGGAGGGGCUGUACAGCAGCAGUUGUCCAAGAAAGAGAUUGAGGACCUGUUGCGGCGUGGUGCCUAUGGGGCCAUCAUGGAUGAGGAGGAUGAAGGGGCCAAAUUCUGUGAGGAAGAUAUUGACCAGAUCCUGCAGCGUAGGACGAAGACCAUCACCAUUGAGUCAGAGGGACGAGGAUCCACCUUUGCUAAAGCUAGUUUUGUAGCAUCCGGAAACCGCACAGACAUCUCUCUGGAUGACCCAAAUUUCUGGGACAAGUGGGCCAAAAAGGCUGACAUUGAUAUGGAUAUGGUUAAUGGCAGAAACAGCUUGGUGAUCGACACUCCUCGUGUCAGGAAGCAGACGAGACCGUUCAGUGCCACCAAAGACGAGUUAGCAGAACUUUCAGAGGGUGAAAGUGACAGUGACGACACCAAGCCUAAGCUGAGGCGAAAUGAUCGACCCAACAGCUACGGUCGCACAGAAUGCUUUAGAGUGGAGAAAAACUUGCUUGUUUAUGGAUGGGGUCGUUGGAAGGAUAUUCUCAACCAUGGUCGUUUUAAGAAGCAGUUGACUGAGUGGGAUGUAGAGUCCAUCUGCAGGUCCCUGCUGGCUUACUGCCUUGUUCAUUACCGUGGUGAUGACAAAAUUAAGAGCUUUAUGUGGGACCUAAUUGCUCCCACUGAGGAUGGACGCACUAAAGAGCUGCAGAAUCACCUGGGUUUGUCUGCUCCGGUCCCUCGGGGCCGGAAGGGUAAGAAGAUGAAGACUCAAUCAAGCUCUUUUGACAUCCACAAGGCUGAGUGGCUUAGAAAACAUAACCCAGAGCAUAUGCUUCAGGACGACGGCUACAAGAAGCAUUUGAAACACCACUGCAACAAGGUGCUGCUCAGGGUCAGAAUGCUCUACUAUCUGAAACAAGAGGUGAUAGGAAGUCAGGCCCAGAAGGUGCUGGAUGGCGUUGACUCCAGUGAGGUAAAGAUCUGGGUGCCAGAUCCGGACCACUCAGAGCUGCCAGCCCUGUGGUGGGACGCAGUUGCCGACAAGUGUCUGAUGCUCGGUGUAUUCAAGCACGGUUAUGAGAAGUACCACACUAUCCGUGCAGACCCGACCUUGUGCUUUUUAGAGCGUGUGGGGCGACCGGACGAGAAGGCCAUCGCUGCCGAGCAGAGGGGCAACGAUUUCAUGGAUGGGGAUGUGGAUGAUCCAGAGUACAAGCCUGCUCCAGCCCUUAUAAAGGAUGACAUGGAGGAUGACGCCUCCUCUCCUGGAGAUUUGGUUGUCGCUGAUAAUCCUGGAGAUGCAGCUCCAAUGACAGAAGGCCAGACGACCUACUGGCCCUCCCCCUCUGUGUUGACGGCUAGACUGAGGCGAUUGAUCACAGCCUCCCAGCGCUUCACCAAGAGCCGGCAGAUCCUCCAUAUCCACCAAGUUCAGUCUCAGUCCCAGCAGCCCAUGAUUCUGUCUGCUCCACUCUGCCCGCUCCCCCCCACACUCAAUGACACGCUUAACCCCAAGAUGGCUGCAAAGAUUGAACGUCAACAAAGAUGGACCAGAAGAGAAGAGGCUGACUUCUACCGGGUCGUCUCCACUUUUGGUGUCGUUUUUGACCCAAACCUUGGGCGCUUUGACUGGACCAAGUUCAGGGCCAUGGCUCGGCUGCACAAGAAAACCGACGAGAGCCUGCAGAAAUACUUGUGCGCCUUCGCCGCCAUGUGCAGACGGGUGUGUCGCCUGCCACCUAAAGAAGGAGACUCCGCAGUGGAUCCGUCUCUCAACAUCCAGCCAAUCACAGAGGAGCGAGCAUCUCGUACCCUGUACAGGGUAGAGUUGCUUCGCCAGGUGAGGGAACAAGUGCUCAGACACCCGUUACUCUACGAGCGCCUCAGGCUGUGCCAGAUGAGCUCGGACUUGCCUGUGUGGUGGGAGGUCGGUACUCAUGACCGGGACCUGCUAAUCGGUGCCGCAAAGCACGGCGUCAGUCGGACCGAUUACCACAUUCUGAGAGAUCCUGAGCUCAGCUUCAUGACUUCACAACGCAACUACAGCCAAAUGAAAGCUGCACCCCAGCAACCUCGCACAAGUGCGCCCCUCUUGCACCCUCAGUACCAGGCUGCUUCCUCGUUGAUGGCCGGCUCUGUGGUCCCCCCACCCGCUCAGAGAGACGCAGACCCCUGUGGGCUUGUGCCCAAAGUGGAGCCAGCCUCAGAGGAGGAAGAGGAGGGCAAAGAAAGGCAAAGGGAGAGUUGGAGCCCUUCUCACCCGCCAGCGACUCCCACAGGUCUGGGAGAAAAGCCCGUUUCCAUGGCGAGCGACAGCGAGAGGCAGAUGGUGGCGGCGCGGACCAAACCGCUCACGCCCAUCUCCACUGAGAGGAAACCCAAGAAGGCCAGCAAGAGAGGCCGCAGGGAGGCCAGGCGGGGCUCCGAGACCGAAUCAGACGGCUCCUCGUCGAGCUCUUCAUCGCGCUCCUCUUCAUCCUCGUCGUCCUCUUCAUCUUCAUCAUCACAUUCCGGGUCCAGCUCCUCAUCCUCAUCCUCGUCUUGUUCUUCUGGCUCCUCAUCCUCGUCGUCAUCCUCCUCAUCCUCAUCUGAUGACAGUGAAAGUGAGGGAGAGGAAGCAAAGAAGAACGUGCCUGCAGCAACGAGUGUGAAGGGCUUCGAUGAGGACAGUGUUGCCUCUUUAAGCACUACACAAGAUGAAACACAAGACCCCCAUGUGGCUGAGAACGGUGUCGCCAACAACUCCUCCCAUCCUUUCCAGGGAGGAGGGUACAUGCUGGCUGCAUCUUACUGGCCGAAGGAUCGUGUGAUUAUAAACAGGCUGGACAGCAUCUGCCAGGCAGUGCUCAAGGGCAAGUGGCCCAGCCCACGUCGGUUCUAUGAGCCCGGAGGCGCAGUGGCCUCCUUCUACACCACCAAGCUGCUAGACAACGCCAACAGCCUGAGCGAGGACCCCUCUGCUUCACCACAGGGGUCAAAGGUGACCAAGCAUGUUGCAGAAAACAAGGAGUUCUCAGUAAAACUCAACGAUCAGGAGGGAGGUCUGAAGCUGACCUUCCAGAAACAGGGUCUACCUAUGAAGAGACCCCUGGAAUCGGAGGAAGGCCCCCAGGCCCAGCAGCAGUAUCUGGCUCGCCUUCGAGAGCUGCAGAGCGCAUCAGACACAGGCCUGGCUGACAUCACCAAGCCUCAGAGCAGCUACCAGACUGCUCCUCCAGCCCUUACUGAUGAGAUGAGGCUGAACGGAGCUCUGGAUGGUCAGCCCCUGGUCAAAAAGCGAAGAGGCAGAAGAAAAAAUGUGGAAGGAAUGGACCUGCUCUUCAUGAACAGGAAUCAAGUUCCUACUGUUCCCAAUCAGGUGGCCUCAGGAUGGGGGGGCAUUGGCCAGGUGGGCUUAGCUGCAGCUGCUGUGCCAGGAUCCAGUCAGAGCUCGAGUCAGGUCUCUGCAGACACAGAGACCAGGGUCCCUGUUAUCAACCUGAAAGAUGGCACCCGACUCGCAGGGGAUGACGCCCCCAUGAGGAAAGACCUGGAACUGUGGCUGAAGGAGCACCCUGGCUUUGUGGCAGACACAGGAGCUUUUAUCCCUGGUGUAAAUAAAAUGCAGAUGCAGUUCCACUUCCAGGAUGGGCGACCCAAGCAGAAAAGGCAUCGCUGCAGGAACCCAAACAAAAUCGAUGUCAACAGUCUGACCGGAGAGGAGAGGGUCCAGAUAAUUAACAGGAGAAAUGCCCGCAAGGUCGGUGGAGCCUUUGCUCCUCCUCUCAAAGAUCUGUGUCGAUUUCUUCAAGAAAACCCAGAAUACGGAGUCCCGCCUGAAUGGGCUGAUGUAGUUAAACAAUCGGGUUACCUCCCAGAGAGCAUGUUUGACCGGAUCCUAACAGGACCCAUCGUUCCUGAGGAGGUGAGUCGGCGAGGACGUCGACCAAAGAAUCCUCUGGCAAAGGCGGCAGCAGCAACGCCCAACCCAUCGGCCUCUGCUCUGGGUUUGAAUCCCCUCCUGAACAACGGCCUCCUCUCUGGGAUGGACCUCACCAGUCUGCAGGCCUUCCAGCAAAACCUGCAGAGCUUGCAGUCCCUGCAGCUCACCGCAAACCUGAUGGGACUCCCAUCCGAUGCCAGCAACCUGGCUGCCAGUAACUUAGCCGCUAUGUUUCCCAUGAUGCUCUCUGGUAUGGCUGGAUUGCCAAACCUGCUCGGUAUGAGCAGCUUGCUCGGGAAGCCGGCUCAGGAAGGUGCAGGAGGCUCUGAAGAAAGGACGAAGGGAACAGGAGAGCAGUCUAGUGCCCCCUCUCACACUUCAGACACCAAAGGAGAAAGGACCGAGGGCUCAAACACGACUCCUUCCUCCACGUCCAGCUGUGCUUCCUCUGCCACCACCACACAAAGUGCUUCAGCUGCCUCCGCAGCCUCCAGUCACCCAGUUCCUCUUAACCCCUUGUUACUCUCCGGUAUGCUUUACCCAGGGAUGCUUCUCACUCCAGGCCUUAACCUUCCUGUGUCUGCCUCACAGCCUCAGAGCUCAAACGAUGACCCUUCCAGCCUUCCUCCUGCUGCUCCUCCCUCUGCAACCUCCCUGUCAUCAGCAAAAGAGACCGAGCUGCCUCAGGCACAAAGAGACGGAGAGGAGGAGGAGGGCAAGGUGCCAGAGGAGGAGGCUUUAGAUGACGAUGACGAUGACGAAGAAGAAGAGGAGGAGGAGGAGGAGGAGGAGGAAACGGCAGAUCAAAAAGAAAACAGUGGUCCUGAAAGUUCAUUGAAAGCUGAGUCGUCUUCAUCAGGGUCUGGGAGCUCUUCCUCAUCCUCUGAUGAUUCAGACUCUAGUGAUGAAGACUAAACUUUUUGAAUAUAAAGUUAAAAAAAAUUUAUUUAUGUAUCACCUAGAAAUGUAAACAUUUAUUCACAUAUAUAUAUGGAAUUUCCAGCACCUGUGUUGCGAUUUCUUUACAUGUAAAUAAAAGAACUAACUACAAUGUUGUGUAAUAAAGACUUUAAUAUUAAAAACUAAGAAAAACAAAGGAAAAAAACAGAAAAAGCAAAGAAUUACUGACUAAAAAAAAGAUUAAAAUAAAGUGUCUGUGUUUGUUCACAGGGUACAGUCUUGUUUUGACACAUUCUGCAUGUCAGAYUUUAGUAGAUUUUCUGAACUAUGUGAACUUGUACCUCCUGAUUAUGUACAAUUACAAAGAAAAAGGCAUUCUGUUAGGAUUAAUUUUAUAUAUAUAUAAAAAGUGAAACUACAUUAACGCCCGUUGAGCAGUACAUUUAAUAUAUUUUGAUUGUUUGGGCAGGGGGAAUUUUAUUUGUAAAUAGCCACAAUUUUUACAGGUUUGUUGACACUCUUUGCUUUGCAGAUCUUAUGUUGGAAAUGUCAGCAAUAACCUGGGCAGCUAAUGAAUGUCACUGAAACUGUAGAUUCCCUUGUCUGCCAUGUUUCCACUCCUGUGCACAAACACUUAACAGACUCACAAACCUGUACCUUCAUCCCACUGGAUAAAGUAUUCAGUUCUUUGGAACACUUAAGUUCUUGUCUGGACUAGAAACAGAAUUAUUUUAAGUUCACUUAAACAAAAUCACAUUUUUUUUGUUUUAUUGCCCCAAGCUGAAAGAAGUGUUGAUUUUUAGAAAGUCAGGUUUUCACCAUUUCACAACAAAUGUGCAUUUUAGCUCUUUGUGUAUCUGUUAGUUUGGAUUUAAAAGCUAGUGACAGAAAACAUACUGUGCCAAAAAAAGAAAACAACUGCCCUUUGAUCCUUUGAGGUCCCGACAGUGUUGUAAAUAUUCCUUCAGCCCAGUCGUAAUUAACAGCAGUUUUACCUCAAUUUUGCAGAAUGGAUUUACUUGACUGUGCAAACAUACAUGUAAAUGGGAGUAUUCCCCCUGCUGUCUGCAUUCAUGUCACUUGUUUCUGCUGGAUUGUGUGUGAGAGGCUAAUGUUUCUUCCCCCGUCUGAAUGUGGUCAAACAGGCUUUAUGAGCCUCACUGCAAGUGUUCUUUUAUCUUCAAUCAUGCCUCAUCCAAAACUUCAAAGAGCAUUAAAGUCGUCGAGAAUGUGUGCUGCAUGACCUUUAGUGUUACACGUUUAGCUGUGCCACAACCCCUCCCAAACAACCAACCCAAGUCCAGGUUAGGAUUGUAUGGAUUUGAGUAUUAAAGUUAGCGUUGGUUCAAUUUGGCUGCAGGAAGGGCCUGAUCGUUUCAGCUUGUAUCGCCUCGUUUUGUUCCRCUCCGAUCUCGAACCCUGCUCUGCUGUCAAACGCAGCUUCAGUUAGACGUAGAAGUGCCCUUAUCCCGACGCCUCAUCCACUCAUUCAGCCGCUCACACACUGUGCUCGCUGUGCCACGCUUGUGCAUUUCGUUCAGCAUCCCUGCCCCAUGUCCAUUUUGAAGCUGUAAUCAGAAAACACACACAAACAAACACACACACUGGACAACAUUCAAACCGAAGUACCUUUUUUUAAUUCACUCUGGCACAACUGUGCUUGUUCCAGGACUGCUGUUACACAGUGGACUGUUAGGUCUUUCUGACGAGACAUUCUUGAGCAAACUAAGUAUCUGUAGCAUCUCUCUCUCGCUCUCUCUCUCGCUCUCUCUCUCUCUCUCUCUCUCUCUCUCUCUCUCUCUCUCUCGCUCUCUCUCUCGCUCUCUCUCCUGGGUGUAAUGAGAAAUUGUGACGUCUGAACACAGACACUAAAAGACACAUCUCCUUUCUGAUGUUGCUUUAAAGUGGUUUAUCCUGUACACCUGUUCUCUAUAGACCUCAUUAUGGGUUUGGCUUACAAUGCAACUGCGAUUUUUUUUAAUGAUUAUUAUUACUAACAGUAUGGUAUUUUUGUAUGUCUGAACAAUGGACAUCAACAUGCCACUAUCCUUUAUACUUUUUUUUUUUUUUUGUAUAACUGCACCUCUGCUCUCUUUGAACUUGUAGUGCCCUUAUGCAAACACCACUGCUUCAUCUGCUGUAAGUGACUUUGAUUAAUGGCUUCUCGCCCCUCAGCGAUGGAUCUGUGGAUCGAUAUUUAAUUUUUUUUUUUCCUGUUCUCACUCACCGGGACACAAAGUCGGGGACGGAAAAGUUUUACUGUACAAAACCUCCCGAAGCACUUGUGCAGUGCUGAAGUAUGUUUGAAACAAGCAGAGACCAAUAUGCAAGAGGAAUGACAAAAACACACUACUGCUGUACAGGGAGGGGAGUCUCAGUUUCCACGUGUAAAUCACUGAGAGGACAGAACUCGAAAACAUGGGUUUUUUUGUAAUUUUAGUUCAAGCUUGAUAAAUGUCACCUUGAUCAGUUGUGUGUAUUUGAUUUUGUUUUUUCUUCCAUUGGACAGUUUUUGCAAAAUGUGGUCUGUGUAGUCAAAAUAAUUAAUGUAGUGCAGGAAAAAUGCGUCUUAAAGUUAUUUGUAAUUUAUUGGAUUCCUUUCUAUGAAGCUCUAUAGAGGAAAUUGAGGUUUAAUUAUUUUUAUUAAACAUAUUCUUCUGACUAUUCA